GCUACUAUCAGCGCGAAUGUCGGCAUUUAAACUCACAUUUCUCAUAAUAACAUAGUGAAAUUAUCUUUGAGGCAUCAUAUUGUAUCAGAUGAUCCAAAACAACAAGAAAGGAGCAGAGAUCUUCAGUGAUUAGUUGUAAACAGGACAAUGUCCAAUGGAGAGGUCUGCAGCCACGUUAAAGUGGUGGUCCGUGUCCGUCCCUUAAAUGACAAAGAAAAGGAUGGAAAUUUCAAGAAAGUUGUCCACGUUGUUGACAACCACAUGCUUGUCUUUGAUCCUAAAGAGGAAGAAGUGACAUUUUUCCGGGGACAACGUGUAGGCAACAGGGAUGUGCGGAAGAGAGCAAAUAAGGACCUCAAGUUUGUGUUUGACAGCGUGUUUGGUGAAGAAUCUUCACAGAUUGAAGUUUUUGAAAACACCACUAAAGCAAUUGUUGAUGGUGUCCUGAAUGGCUACAACUGCACUGUGUUUGCUUAUGGAGCUACAGGAGCUGGGAAAACACACACCAUGUUGGGCACCAGUAAUUCCCCCGGAGUAAUGUUUCUCACUAUGAAAGAACUGUUUGCACGCAUGGACCUCAUCAAGGAAGAUAAAGUGUUCAAUGUAGCCUUUUCUUAUCUUGAGGUUUAUAAUGAGCAGAUUCGUGAUUUGUUAACUAACUCUGGUCCAUUAGCAGUAAGAGAGGACGGCUCCAAUGGAGUUGUGGUUCAAGGACUCACCCUGCACCAGCCCAAAUCUGCCGAGCACAUCCUUGAAGCCCUUGAUUAUGGCAACAGAAACAGGACGCAGCACCCCACUGAUAUGAACGCCACAUCUUCACGCUCUCAUGCCGUAUUCCAGAUCUACUUAAGGCAACAGGAUAAGACAGCCAGUCUUAAUCCAAAUGUUCGGGUGGCCAAGAUGAGCUUAAUCGACCUGGCCGGAUCAGAAAGGGCCAGUGCGACCAACACCAAGGGGGCUCGUCUCAGAGAAGGGGCCAACAUCAACCGCUCGCUCCUUGCUCUGGGGAAUGUCAUCAACACGCUCGCCAACCCCAAAUGUAAGAAGACGCACAUUCCUUACAGAGAUAGCAAGCUGACGCGACUUCUCAAAGACUCUCUGGGUGGAAACUGCCGAACUGUAAUGAUUGCAAAUGUCAGUCCAUCCUCACUUUCAUAUGAAGAUACACACAACACUCUCAAAUAUGCCAACCGCGCCAAGGAGAUCAAAUCCACUCUGAGGAGUAAUGUGAUGAGCUUGGACAGUCACAUAGGACAGUAUGCCAUCAUCUGUGAAAAGCAGAAAGCUGAGAUUGUCAUGCUGAAACAGAAACUCAAAGAGUAUGAAGAGCGGAAGGCAGAGGCUCCUGCCCUGAAUCCAAUCUCCAUCCAGAAAAGAGCUGAAUUUGAGAAGAUGUCGGAGUCCCUGCGCAGUGUGUUUUCAGAUCGUCUGAAGCUCCGUAAAGAGCAUUUGGACAUUGAGAAGCAGCUGAAUGAAAGCAGGUUGACUAUGAGGCACAGGGAGUCAUGGCACCAGCAGAGUCUUAUCUUCUUCCCUGACAACAAGGCUGAAAGGGCCACCUGUAAGUAUGAGCGCAAACUGGCCUCCCUAAAGUCUCACCAGGAGCACUUGCAACAACGCUUAAUGGAGAGUGAAAAGUGCUUCCAGGAGAACGAGGGAUGGCUUCACCGCAUUGAGAAUGAAAUGAAGCUGCUUGGACAUGACGGACACACUCCAGAGGAGCUGAAAAAAGAACUGCAGUGCCAUCAGCUACAGCUGCAGAUCAGCGACCUUCAGCAACACAUGGAGCACAUGAGCCACCUCAUCAGCGUUCAAGACCAGGAAAACACUCACACACACAAGUUGGUGAACGCCCUGCUGUCCACCUGCCGCCGACAGCACCUGGCGUUGAAGGCCAUGAGCGCUGAUGGCGACGGCAGCGAGUGGGAGGAGCUGGAGCGUCUGGUGCACAGGGAGAGGGCUGUGGUUUGGGCAGACCAAGAGAAGGCAGAGGACAAGCGUGAUGAUAGUGGCAUAGGAAGCACUCAUCUGCGGCCAAUCCUGUCCUUUUCGCACCUUGUUUCUCACCAGAGCACGCCAUGCAGCUCCGAGAAACAGACACGACGAACCUCACAGCGGCUCAGACCAACACACUCAUCAAAAGACUGUGGUCCUCAUCAUCAGGUGGCAGAAGCUGAAGGUGUUCUUAAAAAACCCAUCAGGAGGAAGCUGUCGGUUUCUCCUGCAAAACUAGAUGGAGAUGGUCCUGUGCUGUCCCAUCACCCACCCGACCUUCAGGAUGUCCUGAGACAGGAGGGCAUGUUUCCACUGCAAUUCACUCCUGAGGGACAGCCACACACCUCCAGCAUCUUUGAUCCAAACUCCACGAUUGACAUCGGUCACAUUGAAGACCCAACAGGUGCUAAUGCCACCAUCAUUUUGUCACCUGAAGACCCCGGUCGCUCAACACUCCAGGCAUUACGUGCAAACAACGCAAACAAGCCAGCUAAUAGGUUGGAGAUCCCAUCACUGUUAGACCUGCGAAGAUCUAAACCGUCCUACAUGGCCAUGACAUCAGCCGCACAGGGCAAGCGCAAGCUCAACUGUUCCAGCAUUGGGAAAGAAGACAGUUCUCAGGCCAUGGCGGCGGCCCCCAAACGCAUUAAGAGAGAUCCCUGCGAGGCAUCCAAACCACUGCGAAUUCGACGGUUAGGAGUAUCAUCAGAAAACGAGCCAAGCCGAAGAGUAGUCCGGAGCGUGUCUGAGGGAAACCUUCAUCAGCUCGGCCGGCGUAAACACAUGUUGAGCUCAAUGGGACCCGCUGCUCUCUUUAAAAAAGUCACCAAGAGGAUGUGAGCUUUUAGCUAAAUUUUAAAGACGUUGAUUUCUCAUGCACUGAGCUUAUGUAGAAAAGAUGUACAAAGUUUUUUUUUUUUUUAAUUGCUUGAGGAACUGCUAUUUGGGCUUUAUUGUUUUUAGAAAAAUGAUUUGUUUAAUGUUAACUUUUUUCCUCUUUUAAAAUGUUUAAAUAAAAAAAACAUUGAAAAAGCCA